AUGGGUAACGAUAUUAGUUCAAGCGAUGGAGAUGGUGGCUCUAACAACAUUGCAUCAAAAAUAUAAAAGGAUUUUACAUUUGUUAGGGAAAAGAAGGACCCUCGCUUUGGUGACAUUUAAAUAUACAAAGAGAAGGGAACAGAUAGGUAUGUUUUCUUAAAGGGCCAUUGGUGUGGGGACGAGGAAAAUUACAACUAAUUCCUUCGUUAAUGCAAUAGAAGAAUAAAGAUUAACCAUCCAAACGUUUUAAAGAUGAUAGGAUUUAAUCAGCAUUCAGAAACUCAAAUUUGUGGAGAUUUCUCUAAAAUAAACUGCUAUUAUGAGUAUUAUAGCUUGAAUUUAGAGAAAGAACUUGAAAAGAGGUUCCCUGAAUAGAAGUACUUUACCGAACCUGAAAUUUGGUAUUUGAUUGAUUCAAUAGUAAAUGCUUGUUCCUUCUUUGAGUCAAACAAAAUUUAUCACGGAGACAUUAGACCCAUCAACGUUCUCUUAACAGUUGCAGGUCAAGUUAAAUUAGCAGAUAAUGGCAUUGUAAAUCAGUCUAAAAAUGGUUAUGCAAAAGCACUUUUUGAUGGGGAUACUCCUUAUCUCUCUCCCUUGCUAAUGAAUGCGUUCGCAAAUAAAGAGAAAAGACCUUCCCAUAAUCAUUUUAAGUCAGAUGUUUACUCACUUGGUAUGACUAUGUUAGAAUGUUGCUCUCUUUUUAAAGCACUCAAUUUUUAUGAUUACUCUUCUUGCGAAAUCAGAUAUAAUUUGAUAGAAGAUUUUCUGUAAAAGGCAAGACUUAUGUAUUCAGGAUUCCUUGUUAAUUUAAUCAGAGAAAUGCUCAACAGAGAGGAGUUCUAAAGACCUACUUUCCAUGAAAUUUCUGCAAUAUUAACUCCUUACAGACAGUAAAUUUAAUCUUUAACUCCUUUUUCUGCAGAUUACAUCACUGUUAAAUAGAACUAUGUACAUCCAGAUUAAAAUUUAAUUCUUUAGAGCGGAGUUAGUAUUAAUCCCUCUCUUGUUUACAAUCUCAACCCAGCAAAUGCAUAAGGAAUCAACUUAUUAAACCAAUCUCUAUCCGUAGUUCAAUCUACAUCACCUGCUAUGUCUGCAGUAAAGUACUCUCCUGAUAAAAGCUAUUUAGCACAUUCAAAGCUUGUCUUCUAGCAGAGCAAUGCCCCAACUAACUUCACUUCAGCAGCUGUAACUCCGAUGAUGCAACCUAACUAAAACUAUUAAUAAGUAGCAACUCCUUCAGUGUUUAGCCCAAAUUAAUCAACAGUGAAUUUUUAAAUGAAUGGGAAUAUUUAGUAAUAGCAAUAGUAGCCUCCUUAACAAUAAAUAGUUUAAUAGCAAUAGAUUUCUCAGCAAGCAAUAAAUUAACAAUCUUUUUAGAUCUAAUAAUAACAACAACAAUAAGCUUAGCAAAUUUUGUAACAGUCACAGCAAAUACCAUUACUGUAGUAGCAAAGUAGCGGUUAACAGUAAUAAUCUUAACAACAAAAUUAAUAGUUCGUUGUGAUGACACCAUCAAACACAAGCUCAUUUAUUUAAAAUCCAUAGAUAAAUUCUGCUAAUACUUUUGGUAUUUCAUCAUAAAUAGCUGUGUAAGUACAACAACCUUAACAAAAUCAAGUAGGAUUAAAUCAAUAACCCCAAUAACAAAUUUAACAAAUUCCAUUAAACCAAAUAUAGUCACAAUAACAGCAAAAUAAUUAUAAUGUAACUAGCAUCGCUACUGAAAAUACACCUCACAAUAACCAAUAAAAUAACAAUUAAGUUAAUGGCACACUUACCCCAAGCAAUAACUAAAACAACACAUAGUUAACUUACUCACCAAUAAACUUAAUUUAUCAAAAUCCUUAAACUGUAGGUGAGAAGCCAUUUUAGUCCGUUUCAUUCAAUAACAUUAAUUAAUAACCUGUCUAACAAUAGAACUUUGCUCCCGUAUAGCAAUUCCAAUUAUCAGGUUUAAACAAUAACAAUGUUUCUCAAACUGGUUCAUUUGAAAAUCCUUAAAAUAAUUCCUCAGGUACUUCUGCUCAAUUUACAUAAUAUUAGAAUGCGAUUCCUUAGGAAAUACAAUUUUAAUAGCAACAGGCAUAAAACUAAGGUUAUAUAAAUAGCAGUGUACCAAAUGCCUAACAAACAAUACAAUAAGCAAUAAACUAUUCUAAUUCAGUUUUGCAAAGAAAUCCAAACUUCUGA